GAGUGACACAGAAACGGAAACUGAAAAAUAAAUCAGAAAAACGACACCAACAGAAACUCUAACUUGAACUCUGUGACUCACUGAGUUCGUUCGUUCGGAAUCGUUAACCGUUGUACUUGCCAUGGAGAAUGAGAACAGCAACGAAACAACGAGUAGCAGCAGCAGCAGCAUCGUGGAUCCUCUUUCCUUCAAGCUCCUAGUUUCGUGUCCCUCUCCUCUCUCACCAUCACAGGUUUCUGCUUCAUUCAGCGCCGAUUACGACCGGGUCCCUCACCCUGACACCAUCUUGGAGAACUCCAUCUCUCAGAUAUGGGAGCAGAGAGCUCAGAAUAACAAGUCACUCUUCAAUGGAAACAAGUUCAGGUAUGGAGGGUAUGAAUUGAAAGAUGGAGGUGGAUCCAAUCAUGAACCUCAUUUGUGCCUCCAUCUAGGUUUGACAGAUUAUAGGACUUUUGUGGGAACAAACUUAAGUCCUCUGUGGGAAAGGUUUCUGGUUCCAUCAGAAGAUGAUCCUAUUCGUUGUCAGCAUACCUCCAGUCCGCUAGGAAAUGGUGCAGUGGUGGAGACAAUAGACAAGAAGAUAAUUGUUUUACAACGGAGUAACAAUGUUGGUGAAUUUCCUGGACAUUUUGUGUUUCCCGGAGGCCAUCCUGAGCCUCAAGAAAUUGGUAUAACUUCCCAUCAACAUGGCAAGGAAUCAGUCAACAAUGAAGUU